AUGAAGCUCUGGACAGCGUGGCUCCUUCUGCUCUCCAUCGUGUCUGUGGUCGCCCAGUCUUCCUCCGAUGCCAAAUUGGAGAAAUUCCAGGCACUGUCUCGCUCCGGUCCCGUCGAGUUGGACGCCGACGCCUUCGACGAACUGACGUCCAAGCCUCGCGAUUACUAUGCCGCUGUUAUUUUGACCGCGCGGGAUGUCCGCUAUGGCUGUCUCAUGUGCCGUGAAUUCCAGCCCGAAUGGGAGUUGAUCUCCCGUAGCUGGAAUCGAGGCACCAAGCUCGAUGGUCUGAACAUGGUCUUUGGGACCCUGGAUUUCGAUCAGGGUAGGAUGGUUUUCCAGAAGCUCAUGCUUCAAUCGGCGCCCGUCCUCCUCUUGUUUCCUCCCACCAGCGGUCCUUUCGCCAAGGUUGAGGAGGGCCCCUUCCGAUUCGACUUUACUGGUCCCCUCUCCGCCGACCAGUUGUACUCGUGGAUCAACCGUCACCUCCCGGAAGGGCCCAAGCCCCCAUUGGUUCGGCCCGUCAAUUACAUGCGAAUUGUCUCCGCCGUCACCAUCCUAAUGGGAGUAGUUACUUUGUUCACGGUGCUGUCACCGUACGUGCUACCAGUAGUUCAGAACCGGAACCUCUGGGCGGCCGUCAGUUUGAUCGCUAUUCUGCUGUUCACCAGUGGCCAGAUGUUCAAUCAUAUCCGGAAAGUGCCUUAUGUGGCAGGUGACGGCCGAGGCGGCAUCAGCUAUUUUGCCGGUGGAUUUCAGAACCAGUUCGGCCUGGAAACCCAGAUCGUGGCUGCAAUGUACGCCGUUCUGUCCUUUGCCACCAUUGCGCUGGCCGUGAAGGUGCCGCGGAUGGAAGAUGUCAAGGGGCAACAGUUGGCCGUGUUGAUCUGGGGAGGCGUGCUGUUUGGGAUGUAUAGCUUCCUACUGAGCGUGUUCAAGGCUAAGAACGGAGGCUACCCGUUCUUCCUGCCUCCGUUCUAG